ACACUCAGGUGCCUCCAGUAGGUGGUGUUGUGUAAACCCUGCCCCCUGCCAUUCAUUGGCCGGCUCUGUGCUCCUGAACGCCCCCUCGUCCAGUCUGUGCCCUCCCUCCUCCGCAAGUCCAUCCCAGACUGGGGUCUUCUCGUCUGGGCUUCACUUCCCCCUGAGGCUCCGGACGAUCGGCAGCUCCAUGUGUGUGUCUGUGUGUGUGAGUCUGUGUGUGUCUGUGUGAGUGUGUAUGUGAGUCUAUGUGUAUCUAUAGUUGUGUGUUAGUGUGUAUGUGAAGGACUGGAGGAAACAGCUACUCUUUGUGUUGCUCUGGAAUAAGUUUGUUGUCAAGUGAAGUGAUGAUGAAGAUGAAGGUUAUGAUGAUGAUGAGGAUGAUGAUGAUGAUGAUGGUGAUGGUGACAGGCGGCGCUCAGCCUCGGGUUCAGGUGAGCCCUGGGCUCCACGCUGAGUGUUAGCCAUGCUGCAGCAGGCCCCGCCCACCACCAGCACCCUGCAGCUGGUCGCUAACGACAUGACGGACAUCAUGGAGAAGCUGGACACCCGGGAGCUCGACCUGGGGGACAGCGACUAUGACGCCACCGACGCCGACGCCGCAGCUGAACACCUGCCCUUCACGGCGGUCUACGACACGGUGGGAUUCAAGGAACCUCACGCCAAGGUGUUCCUGACGUCACCCAUCACCGCCAAGAUCCUGGAGGUGGAGCGCUUCACGUCGGCGCAGGACCGCUUCAACGCCUCCACUACCAGGAGCGUCAACAAGGCGAUGCCGGCGGUUUAUAAGAUCGAGUUGAAACACGGUGAGUUUUCGUGGCUGGUGAAGAAGAAGGAGAAACACUUCAUCGACCUUCACAGAGAACUGAGGACGUACAAAACCUUCAUGAGGCUGCCGCUGCCGUCACGAAGUCACACGGUGAGGAACCCGGCGACGAGGAGCGAGGUCCGACGGAUGCCCAACCUCCCCCGAGGAGGAACCGACGAACUGGAGCGAGAAGGCCAGGUGUCCAGCCGAAGGAAACAACUGGAAGAUUAUCUGAACAAGCUGCUGAGGAUGUCGGUCUACAGGAACUACCACGCAACGAUGGAGUUCAUCGACGUCAGUCAACUGUCCUUCAUCCACGACCUCGGACCCAAAGGCCUGGAAGGGAUGGUGUUGAAACGAUCCGGCGGACAUCGGAUUCCAGGGUUGAACUGUUGCGGUCGCAGUAAAAUCUGCUACCAUUGGUCCAAACGGUGGCUGGUGGUCAAGGACUCGUUCCUGCUCUACAUGAAGCCGGACUCGGGCGUCAUCUCCUUCGUGAUGCUCGUCGAUAAAGAAUUCAGCAUCAAAAUGGACUCGAAGGACACAGAGACCAAACACGGAGUUCGGAUCGACAGUCUGUCCAGGAGCCUGGUGUUGAAGUGCACUAGUUACCGCCACGCCCGCUGGUGGGGUCAGGCCAUCGAAGGCUUCGUCCAGAAACAUGGCUCCGCCUUCCUCACUGACCACCGCUUUGGAUCCUUCGCCCGACAGGAGGAGAACAUCCCCGCCAAAUGGUAUGUCAAUGGAAAAACAUACAUGGAGGACGUGGCCAACGCUCUCGAGGAGGCCAAAGAGGAGAUCUUCAUCACGGACUGGUGGUUGAGUCCAGAGAUUUUCCUGAAGAGACCCGUUGUCGAGGGCAACCGCUGGCGUCUGGACUGCAUCCUGAAACGUAAAGCGCAACAGGGAGUGCGUGUCUUUGUGAUGCUGUACAAGGAGGUGGAGUUGGCUCUGGGCAUCAACUCAGAAUACAGCAAAAGGACGCUGGUCCGCCUCCACCCCAACAUCAAGGUGAUUCGUCACCCAGAUCACGUCUCCUCUGCUGUCUACCUGUGGGCGCAUCACGAGAAGAUCAUAGUCAUCGACCAAUCAGUGGCUUUUGUGGGCGGGAUCGACCUGGCAUACGGUCGUUGGGACGACAUGGAACACCGGCUGACAGACGUCGGGAGUGUGACGCUUUCACACUUGGACCAGGCUGUGUUUUCGUCUGCCAACACACUGGCCUCGGCAAACAGUGGCGGCGUUUCCCAGAGCAACGGAAAGGGCAUUUUCACCGUAACGGACUCAGGUGACCAACCCAAGCUGAAAAGCCAGGGGAGGAUGAGGAGGACCAGGUUCAGCAUCAGGAAACACCUGCAGAAACACGGCCUCGCCCAGGCCGACAGCGACAGCGACCUGGACGCCGAGGAGGAGAGGAGUGGCUCAGUUCGUAGCCUCCACACAGGAGUAGGCGAACUGUUUGGAAACACUCGAUUCUGGCAUGGAAAGGACUACUGCAACUUCGUCCACAAGGACUGGAUCCAGCUGGACAAACCUUUUGACGAUUUUAUUGACAGACAUACAACUCCCAGAAUGCCCUGGCACGACAUCGCCUCAGUGGUUCAUGGGAAAGCAGCUCGAGAUGUGGCCAGACACUUCAUCCAGAGGUGGAACUUCACCAAGCUGGUGAAGCCAAAGUACCGGUCCCUGUCGUACCCAUAUCUCCUGCCCAAGUCUCACACCACGGCUGGAGAACAGCGAUACCAAGUCCCCAACUGUGUCCAAACCAAAGUCCAGAUCCUUCGUUCUGCUGCUGACUGGUCGGCUGGCAUCAAGUACCACGAGGAGUCGAUCCACAACGCCUACGUCCACGCCAUCAAGAACAGCCAACACUUCAUCUACAUAGAGAAUCAGUUUUUCAUCAGCUGUGCAGACAACAGGCAUGUCUUCAACAAAAUCGGAGACGCAAUCGCAGAACGCAUCAUCAGAGCGUACAGGGAGAGUAAAAAGUACCGUGUUUACGUGGUGACUCCUCUGCUUCCGGGUUUUGAGGGCGACAUCAACACUGGAGGAGGCAGCGCCAUCCAGGCCAUCAUGCACUUCAACUACAGGACCAUGAACCGAGGAGAUCAUUCCAUCAUCUCACAGCUCAGACGAGAGAUGGGAGAUCAGUGGAUGAACUACAUCUCCAUCACCGGUCUGAGAACCCACGCCGACCUGGAGGGAAAACUGGUCACCGAGCUCAUCUACGUCCACAGCAAGAUGCUCAUCGCCGACGACAACACCGUCAUCAUCGGUUCUGCCAACAUUAACGACAGGAGCAUGCUGGGAAAACGGGACAGCGAGGUGGCGGUGAUCGUGGAGGACUCAGAGACGGUUUCCUCGGUGAUGGAUGGACAGGAAUACCAGGCGGGAAAAUACGCCCUGCAGCUCCGCCUCGAGUGCUUCAGGAUGAUUCUUGGUGCUGGUACCGACCCGUCCGUUGACAUUUCGGAUCCGAUCAGUGACCAGUUCUACAAAGAGGUUUGGAUGGCGACGUGUGCUCGUAACGCCACCAUCUACCAGAAGGUUUUCCGCUGUCUGCCAUCCAGUGACGUCCGUAGCAUCCUGGAGUUGGAGGGCUACCUGGCCAAACCAGGCCUGGACAAGGAGGACCCGAGUCGGGCUCGCGAGGAGCUGAAGAAGAUCCGGGGCUUCUUGGUCCAGUUUCCGCUCCAGUUCCUGUCGGAGCAGAACCUGCUUCCUCCCAUCGGAUCCAAGGAGGCCAUGGUGCCCAUGGAGGUCUGGACCUGAGACACGGACUCCUCCCUGUCCACAUGGACGGACUUACGGGUCUCAGGUGGAUGUGGUCGCUGUGGCGCCAUUGUGGAGGUCUGCAGGGGCUAAAAACAAUGAAACCUCCACAGAAAAACCUCAUCAUAUUCU